GUAGUGUCUGCUGUCGUUAGUUAAUGUGUGGACGCUGACGUGGAAAGACGCAUGUCGUGCGCUAGUGCACACCUACCUAGUUGCUAGGUCUCUGGAUUACUUAUAUGAAGCACCGAAGUGACAUUUCCAGUUCGAUCGGUUACUGAACGAAGUUUGUUAUAUUUUAGUGAAGAUCCUGCCGCCAUGGCAUUGAUGGCGACCUCCCCCGACCUCCUCUCGGAGUCCUGGCUCUCCCCGACGCCCCUGCCCCACCACGCCCUGCCAGAAGACAUCUGGAGCAAGUUCGACAUCGAGCACGACCGCGCCCUCGCCCUCGCCAACCCCGAGGCCAUGAUGGAGCACCACAGCAUGGGCGGCUUCUCCCCCGUCAUGGGCUUCACCUCCACGGCCUCCGCCAGCGCCGCCUUCCACCAGGACCUGGCCACGCUGCCCACGCCCCCGCACUCGCCCCCCACAGAGCACGACCUGGACGACCUCGUGGCCUCCAUCCCCGAGAUCCUGGAGUCCCCUUCGGCCACGCCGCCCUCAGACAUCAGCGACAUCCUGUCCGACCUGGAGGGCAUGGAGACGGCGCCUCUGGGGGCCGAGACCAGCAUGGACUGGUCGGCCGGCUGCCCGUCGUGGUGGACGCCGCCCCUGGCGCCCGUGCCCGAGGAGUCCGUCAAGCGAGACAUCAUGUGGGGCGGCGGCGGCUGCUGCACCUCGCUGCUGGAGAUGCCCCCGAGGAAGGACCGCCAGGUGUCCGAGUGCUCGGCCGACGCCGCCCUCAGGGACGCCCUCCGCCCGGACGAGAUCUCCGAGGACGACGAGGAGGACUCCGAGGACAACCUGCCCGACACGCCCUCCGGCACCGACAGCGACUGCGACAUCGACGAGUCCAUGAGCGAGUCGUCGAGUCCCUCCGGCAGCCCCAGGAGCACCAACAGCGCCUCCCGCUACAACACCAAGGCCUCCUACCGCACCUCCCCUCCGCCUCCUCCUCCUCCAGCAGCAUCGAGCACAACGAACACAACUACUGCGGCAGAGUCCCCGCCCCUGAGAACCACACGAUGCCGGGGAUCCUCACGCCCUCAGACACGG